UGAUCCGGUGGUGACACCUGACAUAAUUUUAUUAGAAAAUAGCGCCACGGCGCGCUCUGAUUGGACGGCCGCGGCUAUAGAUAUUAAAUCCGAGGUAAUAAGCACUCUACAAAGAAGGCCGAAAGUUUGGCAGAAUCGCAGAAGAUUAGUAAUGGAGCCAUCGAACGACGCGCACGGUCCGGUCAGAGGGCCUGCCAUGGAUCACCGCGAAGAUCAUACAACAACUUCUUUGCUGGAAUUAGUGCCAAGUUUGGAGCACUCGAUCGUGGGAAUACUCAAUCACAACGGCGAGCUAAACGAUCAGGAUUCAGAUAGCACCAAGAACGGUUGCGUAGACGGCAAAAGCUCCCCAACCGAGCAUAGGAAGAUCGAUACUGUUUCUAUCGAUGAUGAAGAUAGAAAAGCUAGUGAUAGCCAAGGCGUCAAACAGAAGCGACAUCGCACUCGCUUCACACCAGCUCAGCUCAACGAGCUUGAGAGAUGCUUCGCUCGCACACACUAUCCAGACGUGUUCAUGCGAGAAGACCUUGCAGCGCGAAUUGGUCUCACCGAGUCGAGAGUUCAGGUAUGGUUCCAAAAUCGUCGCGCGAAAUGGAAGAAACGCAAGAAGACGGCUGCUAUUCUCCGUCCUCCCGCUCCGAUUCUUCCGUCUCAUAUGGCACAGGCAUACAACCCAAGCCCCAUAGGAGACUCCCUGUGUACCUUCCAUAACGAUCACCGAUGGCCCACCACAAUGGGCACAGCAAUGCCAACAAUGGCUCCAGUCACUACUCCAUCCCUACCACUCUCGCCUCCGCACCACCCAUUCGCGCAGACUGGACACGAGGUUCUUCCACAAUCAUACUCGCACCAGGCUUCCAUGCCUAGGUCACAUCUCAGCAUGUCCAUCCAACAACAAGCCAACCCACCAGCCCAGCAAACCUUUCAACAGCCAUUUGUCGGCACGAGGGAAAUGCCCAUUUCUUCUUCACCAUCUCUGCAAGAUAUACAAUGCAGUAUUCCCAAUGGUGGGGAGUUGUGGCGUGGGUCCAGUAUAGCGUCGUUAAGACGAAAAGCCCUCGAACAUAAGGCAGCGUUCACAUAUAGAUAAGUAGAGGACUCAGUAUCAUUGCUUCAAUAGUGAGACAGUUACUGUUACUAUGUGGAGGCGUAACAAGGGGCAAGGACGAACAGCGGACAUUUCAUGACAUUAUUAGUUCAAUAUACUUACAAUUAAGAAAUUUUUAAAUAUGAUAAAUUAGGGCAUUGCUUUCCUUCAGUUGAUGCUAUUAGAGGUUCACCUUGUUCAUACCCCACUGAAAUACGCCUAUUUUGUUUUACAGAAGCUAGACUUUUCUUCAUAGAAUCGUUCGCUUAAGAACCGACCUGAAUUAAAAUUCAGAACCUCCUUGUAAAUUUCUUGUUAAUACUUUUGAACUAAUGACACGAAUAUUGCAAACUCAAAAAUGCUCCAGCAGAAUUAUAUAGGAUACUUUAUCAAAACUUCAGAUACAUCUUUAUACAUAAAACUUGUUAACUCGGUACUGCAUACUAGUAUUAAAAACAUUGGACAUCGUAAUUCACAUUUACUUCUUUGAUAUAUGUCAGGUUUGUGUCAGAAUUCGGACAAAGCAAGAGUAUUGGUCAACAAUGUCAAAACUAUUCUCAAAAGUUACAAUCUUUGACUGCAAAAC